AUGCUGUCAGGUAGAAAACGUAGUCAUCCAAGUGCUCUCAUGAUGCAAACUCCCAUUGUCGAUUCAAAAUAUAAAUUGUUAGAAUUGAGAUCAAAGCAGGUCAUGACAAUAUUUCAAAAGCAGAGCGAGUUGAUCAGCAAUGCGGAAAACAUACCUACAGCACGAUUAAAGCCAGAUACGGACUUCUCAGCUUACAACACACCCUUAUUAAAAGAAUACUCAGUGGACAUUCAAUUAAUAUGGGCUUUAGCUGUUGCAUUGUUUCAAAGCAAUAGUCAAAGCUGGAUCCGCAACCUUGUCUUACCUGGUUUAGAGACUCAAUUAGAAAUCAACUUGAAACAACACGAUGACCCAUUUGUCACCACAUUUACCUACUUGUCCUUUGGUCAACGUGAUUUAGCUUGUCAAGAAGCAAAGCGCCUGGAAGAUUUUCAGUUAUCCAUGUAUAUUACUCAUUCGGGACUUAAAGAUGUAAGAGAGACAGUACAGGAUCAUAUCAAGACACUUCAAACACAAGGCAAAUGGCAAAAUAUGACACCUUUCCAUAAGCGCUCUUGGCGUACGAUUUCUGGUAAAUUGGAUUACUCAGAGGAAGACGGAUUUACUGUGACGGAAAGAGUAUCAUGGCAAUGUUGUUUGGGUAUGUAUAUAUGGUACGGAAACAGGUUUGGCGAUGUGCCUUCGCUUCAGAAAUACAAUACUGCUAUUGACAGCUCUAUUGUCAACAUCCAUCAUCUUACAACCGUCAAGAAUACAGCAGCGCCUGAUGUAUCUUGUUUAUGGUACCAGUUAUUUCAAUGGUGGUUAGGAGAUAAAGGAAUAGCAAAAUUGGAUAGCUGGCCAUUAGAUUUGGUUUGGUUGUUAACUGUAUAUAAACCAUCAGGCGAAAUUAGUGAUUUAUAUGCAAUGAAAUGGAUUGAAAAUUUGGAAAAAAUUGAUCAAUCCGAAUCGGCGAUUUAUGCUGCAUUGUUUUUGAAAAGGCCAGUGGAGAAAUUCAACCAAAUUUUACGGCAAUGUGAGUGGAAUAAUGAAAGUAAAUUGCUAAAUGAGUACCAUAUUCCCAGCAAAAUUAUCUGUUUUGCCAAAGCUUUGAAUGCACAUGAUGAUUGGGAUUUCGAUGAAGAGUACAGAAUUUUAUUGAAAGGUGGAUUAUACAAGCAAGCCAAAAUGAGUCUAUUACACUUUAUUUUACCUAGAUACUUUGACAAUGAUGAUGUGUCGAUCCACAAAUGUCUGAAAUAUCUAAAUGAAUACCCCCAAGAUCAAGACGCUACAAUUCAUAUAUUGAAGGAUGCAUUGGGUUAUCUUGUUGGACAAGACGGGGACAAAACUUUAGCUGAAGUCAUUAAUACAGUGGAAGAAAUGCAAAUGAACUAUUUAAUAAUUUAA